ACGCGCGGCGCCUGCAGCCGCGUGAACAGGUCAUGACGUCGCAUUCCGACCGGAGGAGGUCCGCGCGACGCUCAGGCUGCUGCUCGGAAGCAGGAUCGGCGCCUGCAGUGGGUGCUGUUUGUUUUGAAAGCCCACUCAACUCUUGGAGAGAAAGAGCGUGAGUGGGGGGGAGAGAGGCACACGCACGCACUGGUUUCUCUCUUGAACAACGCACAUGAGCAGUCGGAAAGACGCCCGCCGAGCUUUCGUGCCUGUGCGCCUUCGCCGUGCGUAAAAAGAGCGUUGGAUCGCUGUUGCUUUUUGGAUUAUACCGAGAGGAAACGCGCUGCGUGGGUGCGCGACUCUUAAAAUCAUGGAAUUAUGGGUAAAGUUGAUGCUCGUGUACAGCUGCUUCUUUGGAGCAAGUGCGGACUUUGACGGCAGGUGGCCACGGCAGAUGGCUUCCUCCAAUGGUCUGUGUCGGUACGGCGCCAGGAUCGACUGCUGCUGGGGAUGGACGAGGCGUUCCUGGGGUCACUGCCAGCCUCUCUACGCCUUAACUCGCAGAGUAGUCGGGAUAAGGUGCCAGCCCCAAGCUGUGUGCCAGCCGGGAUGUAAGCACGGAGAGUGUGUGGGGCCAAAUAAGUGCAAGUGCCACCCAGGCUUCACGGGCAAGACCUGCAAUCAAGAGGAGCAGCCGGACUAUUUAACCCCACCACUGUGGGCCAGCCACCUUCCUAUCUUUCUUCCUGCGGAUCAUCAGCCAGCAGAGGACCUGAAUGAGUGCGGACUGAAGCCGAGGCCCUGUAAACACAGGUGCAUGAACACGUAUGGAAGUUACAAGUGUUACUGCCUGAACGGCUACAUGCUGCUGCCUGAUGGAACCUGUGGAAAUGCCCGCACCUGUGCCAUGGCCAACUGCCAGUACGGCUGUGAGGUGCUGAAAGGAGAGGUCCGAUGUCACUGCCCAUCACCAGGGCUCCAGCUGGCUCCAGACAGAAGAACCUGUGUGGAUGUGGACGAAUGUGCAGCAGGAACAGCUGUGUGUCCCAGGUUCAGGAAAUGCAUCAACACCUUUGGUAGCUACAUCUGCAAAUGUCACGAUGGCUUUGACCUGCAAUACAUCAAUGGAAAAUACCAGUGCAUAGAUGUGGACGAGUGCUCUUUGGGUCAGAGCCACUGCAGCAGCUUCGCCACCUGCUACAACACACUGGGCUCAUACAAGUGCAAAUGUAAAGAUGGAUUCAGGGGGCUUGGCCAUGACUGCAAACCCAUUCCUAAAGUGGUUAUUGACCCCCCAAGACCUGGGAAAGUGCCUCCAAAUCAUCACAAUCGCAUCCCUGAUUUAGACCAGAAAAGGACCACUACAACCAUCCGUCCACUCGUCACACAAAGGUUCCUCCCAUUUAUCCCCAAAUCAACAAUGCCGACGAUGACUACCACUACCACAACCACAACCACGACCAAAGCACCUGUGCCAACAAAGAGGCUCACUCCGGCUCCACGCAAGCCAUCAGUUCCCACCCGGAAGCCAUUUAUCCCCACCAGGAAACCACCAACAACCACACGGAAACCCUUCAUCGCACCCACACGGAAACCCUACAUCUCACCCGGGCCUGAGGUUCCCACCAGACACCCACCAAAACCAGAGGUCACCCCUGUGGACAACAGCAUCCAGAAGGAGGUCACCAAGCAGAGGGGGGAUGUCCACAUCCCUCGCAACCACGGCCAAAACACUGUCCUAGGGAUAGACUUUGACAUCGAGCUCGGCAACACGGCGGAUGAAGCGAAGGACGACCCAGAUUCGGGGUAUCUCAGCUGCUCCUUUGAUGAUGGUCUUUGUGGUUGGAUCAGGGAUAAAGACGGUGACCUACACUGGGAGACAACAUCUGAUCCUGCAGGCGGGAAGUACCUCACCAUUCCCGAGGUAGGCAGCAAGAGGAGCGGACGAGGAGCACGAUUGGUCCUACCUUUGACGCCGCCUUGGAACGAUGGUAAUCUGUGCCUGUCGUUCCGCCACAAGCUGACCGGCCACCACGUGGGCAUGCUACAGGUGUUUGUAAAGAAGGGAAAACAGUACAGUCCAGCAGUUUGGGGCCGGACCGGUGGAAACGGCUGGAGGCACACCCAAAUCACACUGUGGGGAACGGGCCUGGAAAGUGUUAUCCUGAAGGGGGAGCGUGGGCGCGGCAGGAGCGGCAAAAUGGCUGUGGACGACAUCACCCUGAGGAAAGGCUCCUGCACAGAGGAGCACAAUCUGAGGAGACUGUGAUAGAACUGACUAAAACCAAAGGAAAACAAGAGGGAAAAUCAUCUCAGAGAGAAUUGACUCUGGUGUGACUCCCCCGUUCUUGCUGAUCCUCUCCCCCGCCAGCCGUCUGUGAGCAAGAUCUGAAAACUUCUGCUUCUGUGUAACUGUGGGUUUCUCUCUUUCUCUCCAGUGGCCAUGAAUAAAAAAAAGAAAAA